UUCCAAGACACUGACUUCGUUUAUAUAGACUAGGUUAAAGGUCACAAUAAAUUAUUAUUUUGUAUUAAAAAGUAAAAAGUAAUGUUGAAUAACUGAAGCAUAUGCAAUUAACACAUAUAAAUCAAGGUUUCCACAAGGUUUGCUCUCAAUAUUCGUACUUCAAUGUGUGAUUUUAUUUGUCAACACCCCUCUUGUUGGGCUUAUCAAAAGUUCCCUGGGAGAAAUAAAAACCUUUGUGAAGAUAAUAUAAAAGAUGGAGAAGAUGCAGUCCAUUAUCAGUCAGAGUUGCCUAAACAAAGUAUUUGUAACUUGAUAAAUGAUUAUGGUGGUACAGCAAUUUCAAAUGCUUUAAAAGAGAAUACAUUAAAUAAGAAGGAAGUGUGAUCAUCAAACACCUUUGCUAACAUCAUUAGCACUUACAGAAACUAAAAGGGUAACAUCAAAAGAAAAAAGAUUUUUGCCAUUUAAUACACCCACUUCAAAUACUGGAUUACAGUUGCAAAUUGAUAUGGUCCAGGAUAUUACUUUUAAACAGUAUUUUUGGUUACCAAAAAGCACUAUCAGAUUACCUGAGAAAAUUGAUCAAUCAAAGAAAUCUGUGUCAGUUAAGGAUCUGAAUAAUAGCAUAAUACUUUCAGAUGCCAAUUCAAAAAUAGUUCCAUUAUAUCAGAAAAAAAGAUCCCAAGAUAAACCUGUAAAAUUGAUUAACAAGCCAAAUACUUCUGAAACUUCUAGGUAUUUGGAAAUCAAAAGUAAAUACCAAACAGAGGAAGCUAAAUGUGACCAUAAAAAAGUGAACACACUACAGCUGGCUUUUGAAAAUCUAUCAAACCAACCAAGAGAAAAAAGUUAUUCUUUCAAAUCAGAAGUUACACAAGUAGGCUUACCUAAUCAAGAUACUACAGAAAUAGAGCACAGGGUCACAGAAAGUCCUGAAUAUAAAAAGGAUAUGUAUCAUGAACCUAACAUUGAUGCUGAGAGACGCAAUUCCCUAACUAGAAUGGAAGACCAUCAAAAGCCAGAGAUUCAAUCUUCUUGCAAACUCCCUGCCAUCUCACUUGGCCUUCCAGAACUACCUAGUGGUUUGAAAACAACCAAACCAUUUGUGUAUAAAAAUACACAUUUUGACUUUACCCUAGGUCCUGUUUUUAGCCCUCCUUCCACUGUAAGAAGUGUAAUUACAGAUGUGAUCAAUACAACAGAUAAACAGAGCAAAAUACCUAAUAAGAAUGAGAGUCCAUCAAUUAAAUUGACAGUGGAUAUACCUGUUGCAUUAUCUACAUUUGAGAAUAGAGCAGAGAAACUUCAAUUUACUAGACAUUUAAAAGAAGCCAAAGAAAAGCAACAGCUCACUACAAACUUUGAAAAACAAGAAAAUGAUGUUUGUUCUGAAAAAAGUCGAUCAAUGGAGUCCUUCAAUUCACUAGAUCAGUGGCCAAUAAUAAAUGAAUAUGAAUAUGAUUCAUCAACUUCUCAAAUAAAGCUAGGUCAAAAUUUAAGAUAUAGCAGUAAAGGAAUCAAAUUAAGACAGAGUGAAGACUUUGGUACUGAUGUAAAUCAAAACCCUGAUUUGAUAAGUAAAGAUGAGAAAAUGAAAGUGGAGUCUCCAGCACCUCCUCCUCCAUCACCAGAAUCUAAAGUGCAGAGAGAUAUAUCAGCUGGAGAUUAAAAAGAAUUUCUACAAUGAAAACCCAGAGCUAUAAAUAACAGAUCGUAUUUCAUUUUAUGUCCAAGAUUUAUUUUCUUAAUUUAAGAAUUUGUUUAUGUAGCACUACCAGCUCAGAGGAAGAUUAAAAUUAUGAAGUGUAAUAA